AUGCUCUUAAUACAUAUAUUUUUUAUACAAGAAAUCCGUUUAAGGGCUGGUCCUUGUCCGUGGUCGUUCCACGCCGUCAUUUUGACGACGCUGCUGCUGAGGAGCCUGACCGACUCGGCUUGGCUCAUGGUGCCGCGGGCUCAGGUUCACUCGAAGCCGGCGCGGGAGCAGCUCGGGGUCCUGGAUAUCACCAUUGGGCUCACUUCCUGUUUUGUGUGUUGUCUUCUGCCUGCGCGCUGGGUCCUGUCACACCUGGAGAGCUACAAGAAGCGGGAGUGAAGGGAGCUGUCUUCCCCUCAUCCUUUGACUAGACCACUCUUGCCAGCCCACCUUGAUCAUGUCUCC